AUUCGUGAUUUAUCCAAAGAUACGGCUAUAGCAGAUCGAAUAGUGGCGAGUAUCGCACCGUCGAUUUAUGGACAUGAGGAUGUGAAGCGUGCUAUAGCGUUGGCUUUAUUCAGAGGUGAAUCGAAAAAUCCUGGCGAUAAGCAUCAACUUCGUGGUGAUAUAAACGUGUUGUUAUGCGGAGAUCCUGGCACUGCAAAGUCACAGUUUUUGCGUUAUACUCAGCAUAUCGCCCCAAGAGCUGUGCUUACGACUGGACAGGGUAGGCGCAUGUUUAUACUGCUGACAUCAGUUGUGAAUUUGAGCAGUGCGUCGGCUGUUGGUCUGACAGCGUACGUGCAAAGACAUCCGGUGACUCGCGAGUGGACACUGGAAGCUGGAGCUAUGGUGCUCGCAGAUAAGGGUGUAUGCUUGAUUGACGAAUUCGAUAAAAUGAAUGAUCAGGAUCGUACAUCAAUUCACGAGGCAAUGGAACAGCAGUCGAUAUCAAUCUCGAAGGCCGGCAUUGUCACAUCGCUUCAAGCCAGAUGUACGGUGAUUGCGGCAUCGAAUCCGAUCUCGGGACGUUACGAUCCGUCGAGAACGUUCGCCGAGAAUGUCGAUCUGACUGAGCCGAUUCUGAGU